ACUGAAUUCAAAUGUGCCGCCACGCCACCGGCAAUCAGCCGCGCCGCCGCGGCCGCCACGUGCUCUUCUUGGUAAACAAAACAGAAGCUGCUUGCUGGUCACAUGUGUAUGCAUUUGAAGCAGUCUGGCUGUUCUGCUUCAUUUGAUUAAAAGGCUCUUGUACUCAAGAUAAUAAGACUUGAGUGAUGCAGAGGUAUCUUAUAUUCUUCUCCUACAUAGGUACAAGGUUUCGGGGAGCACAGACGCAGCUGCCUCCCAAUGUUCUCCCCCGAGUGCCGGGUGCUAGCCGUAUGGGCGAGCUGGAGGACCGCGCCACGGUCCAGGGACUGUUCAAUGUUGCCCUGAAGCGGUUCAAACCGCUGAACACGCCUGUCCUCGUGCUGUCCAGCCGGACGGAUGCGGGCGUGCAUGCGCUGAGCAGCAGCGGCCACUGUGACCUGCUCCAUCCCCGACACGAGCUCGGCGCCAAAUACCAGCCGGACUUCAUCCGCAACGGACUCAACCGCUACUUCGACAAAGCCAAGGCUGAAGUUAGCGUGCACCGCGUGCUGCCGGUCCCGGAGUCGGUACACGCCCGGUACUCGGCCGCCGGCCGGGAGUACCUGUACCGACUGGGAGUGGUACGGGACCACGCCUGGCCCGACGGCAGUGACGGGAGGACGGUCAGGGCGCUGACUCCGAUUGGAGAACGCUACCGCAGCUACGUGGUCGGCGGCGAGUUCUGCCUGGCGCGUGUGCGGCAGUGCGCCGCCCUGCUCAGCGGCGAGCACGACUUCCGCACGUUCAUGGGCUCCCAGAACCGGCCGCAAGAGGACGUGCGCACUCUGCGCGACCUGCAGAUCGAAAUCACACCCGGCGGCACGGCCGUGCCCAGCCCCGACAUCGACUUCUGGAACAUCCACUUUCGCAGCCAGGGCUUCCUCUUCAGACAGGUGCGCCGCACUGUGGGUGUCCUGGUGUCGUGCGGCCGCGGCAAGAUGUCACUGGACGACGUGCGUCACAUGCUGGAGAACCCCGACAAAGGGAGUUGGAACUCGCUGGCGGCCACUGCGCCGCCGCACGGCCUCUACCUGAGCAGAGUCACCUACCGACUGGGCCCGACUGAGGGGGGCGGAGGGAUAGCGACUGAAGGUGGAGGGAGGCCGGCUAAGGAUAAAGGAACGCCGGCUGAGGAUGGCAAAGGCGAGAAAGGACAGGACAGGAAAGAGGAUAGGACAGACACAGUGCCGCCAGCGGAUCAUACCGUAUGUGUAGAUUUAGAGUCAGCUCGUGACCGGGAAUCGCCCAGUGAAGAGCUGUCUGGACGGCAGACAGCGGUGACGGAUGGUGCCGGAGAAAUGGCCGAGGGUGACGGACAGAUGUCGGACAGUGCCAGCUACGGUGGAGAUAGUGUGGGCAGGACGAGAGGGUAGCGAACAGCUGAGCGAGGUCCGGAUGUAGUGUUAGCGCCGUCCGUCCGACCGGCCGGCCUGUAGAGGACAGAGUGGUCUGCUAGAGUUCACCGCUGAGUGGAAGGAUUCAGGAUACCGUACCCAGGGUAUCAUCUGUCUGGAGAUGCGAUGUCUUACAGUCGGAGCCGUAUGCCAGGUCUGGGAUAACCGUCUCCGACCGCACACAGUCUGUGUGAUGGAGCAGCCAUCGACACUGCGGCGCACAUUGCGAGUCAGCUACUGCAGCUUCAGGACUGGCCCGUCAACAAGGCGAGUCGGCCGGCGAGACUGAACUGUCAACAAGGCGAGUUGACAGCGGGACUGAACUGUCAAGGCAAGUCGGCCAGCGGGACUGAUCUGUCAUCAAGGCAAGUUUGGCUGCCUCCUCCCUGUCGGCGCAGCCCUUCGCUGCUUCUUCUGACACUUUCCUUCGAACGGCUCUCUCGUAUCGUUGUACGCAGUGUCUCACAGUUCAUUUUCCUCAUCGGCGUUUUUCGAUUGUAGUCUUCAGGUGAAAUUCGCUUCACAUACGACUCCAUGUUUUCUUCCGCAAGCGACCGGUACCAUUUCCAUCUUAAAGCUUUGACUGGGUGCUUCUCUUCGACACUAGUAGGACCUUGUCUCUUGCCGAUGGAGCGCGCCCCGGGUUCUCAUAACACUGAGAGCUCGGCGUCGCCUCUUUCGCCAAGGUCUGGGACCACCGCUGCUCCACCACAGUGCUAAGGAGAUCCGAAGCGGAGGUGAAGCGCUGCGGCUCCUUGCGCUUCACGAGCACUUGCUUCAUCUGGGCUCAGCUGAACUUCGUAGAAAGCCUGGAACAAAACAUGAAAUCCUUAUAUAUGCUUGGUUUCCGACCCCUCUGACAAUGAUGGCGACAUUAUGAUAUAACUACCAGCGGGUGACAACUGUCCUCAGAAUUCUUUAAUGGAAGGUUAGACGACGACUGAUAGCAAUGUUUGAUGCACUGGAUUCAGAUUGACGGUAAUGUCAUUAUCUGAUUUAGAAUUAUACGACCUUUCAUAAAUUACAUCUCCUUCUCACCGGCGUCCGGAAGGUACCGGCGAUAGUGGUGCGCGUCAUGGUCGAUGACUGACAUCGCCUUGCGGGUCGUGAACAUCGGCCUCCUGUGAUGUGAACAAGAACGUUUUUCGUCAACAUUUCUUGAUUUGUUGAAGUGAGCAAUACGCAAUCUCAAUAUUUGCUUUAAGCACGUUUCAAACAUUGUUAAGUUGUCAUUAAUCUGCAUACAAAAGUCACUCAUUUGUAUAUACCUAUGCACAUGCAACUUACUUGAAGUACACCCGUUUUGGGGUGUACCCCAGCGUGGUGCUGUGGUAGCUCUCCAGAGUCCACCCGUCCACUCGAGCCGUCCACCCGAGCCGUCCACCCGUCCACCAGAGAGAGCGGAGGACGCCAUCCACGCGCUUCAUCGUCUUGGUGCCGUACACCACUAUGCACAGGGUGCAGUGCGCGGGGCCGUCCUUCGCCAGCUGCCGCUCGUUGACGACGGCGGAGAGCUGCUCGGGAGCCAGUGGGCCGUGCUGGCACAUGGCCAGCAGCGCCUCCCGUACGAGUCCGGUGUGGCCCCUUCGUGGUCGUCGCAGACAUGGUUCAGGCACAUGGCCCAGUCUCUCUGAAAUGGAAUAUUGCCAUGUGCAACGCUCAGCCGAAAACCGUGACCUGAAAAGAUAAAUUGUUUCCAGUGAAACAUCAUUCGACAUUUAAUAAAACCACGUAUGUCCUUUCGUGCCCAUUAUGUGCCCAUACUUGUCCAUAUAUCGUGUGCCGCCCAAAUUUAGUACCUAAUAAUGACACUCCUGAAGGUAAUGCUGCUCUCCAUAUGCUCUCCGUAAACUUCCCUUUGACAUUGUACGCAUGACACUGGAAAUGAUUAUUGCAACCACUAACCAUGAAGUGCGACAUGCUCCCACCGGCGUGCUGCGCGCACCACCAGAAGUGGUUUUUGAUAGACUUAUCCACGCUGCCAGGGGUUUGGUUUCUCGCCUCCCAGAAGCCUCUCGCAGCUUCUUGGCGAGGUUUUUGGCUGCGUGCCACAUGUCAAUGGAAUACUCAACUGAUGGAAGCAGCUCCCUUGUAGUAAAGGCAAAAUAGAAACGGCCACCAUUCCAACUUUUGGUGUGAUAUAUUUCUCCGUUCCGCUGCGCUUGCAAAUGCAUGACUGGUGAAUGUGGGUCUGUGUAUUGUACGGUUAUACACCCGUCAUGCACUUUGGGUGCAGAUAACGCCCAACACCCCAUCUGCACCGGGCACCCGCACGGGACGGAGAAUGCUGAGAAGAAUCGAUGGAUGCAUCUGUAUUAAUAGACUUGGCAAAAACGCGGCGGCAGGGGACAAGACACGCCGUGCACGGCGUAAUGCACUGCGCGCGACCACUAUACGUACACGGCACCGUUAGCGGCGGCGGCUGCUGCGUAGACACUGCAGUUGUAUCUCGGUUACACCUUGCGGGCUACUUAAAUCCAUACAUUUGAACACACGGGCCCGACGCAACAUAUAUACAGAUACCACCCCGGUGGCACGCAACCGUCGGGAGUUGGGACUGCCGCUCCGCCGGCGAGGGCGGCGGUCCGAGAGCCCGGAUCUGAGACAGGCAGCUGACAGACAUGUGCCGCGAACCGCUAGGUAUUCGCGAUCAGCGGCGACCGGACACGUGACAAGAUCGGGCCGGGCUCGAAGCGUGGUGGUGAAGGGGGAGGCUGACGUUUUUGAGGAUGGAAUGGCGAGAGACAGCUGGGGACCGACGAAUGUUUGUGUGCUUGCUUAUGGCUUGAUGAACCCCAGGGUGCAGACGCCACCAGUACCAGCCGAGAACUGUAUUCAGCGAGCGGGGCGGCGGUGGCCCGGGCGGCCACAGCCCAGACUGCAUUUGAUACCGGCGCCGGCU